UUGUGUUGGUGAGAGUGUUUCUUCUGCUUCCGUUAUUUGUAGUGAUUCUCAGCUGAAAUGCAUUUGAAAGGUGCCAAUAUAAAUGAGGCAAUCCCUUCUUUUUCCUUUGAAACAUCGGUUCUCAAAUUGAUGUUAGAAGGAAUGGAAUGCAAUGCAAACAGAGUAGCUCAGGUAUGGUGAUUGAAGAUUCUACGGGAAAGAAAUUCACUUUUGCUGAUAUCCUUGCACAAAGCAAGGCAAUCUCCACAGGACUCAGACAAACUGGCAUCUCCCCAGGAGACUAUGUUGUGCUUUGUUGCAGAAAAAGUUGUCUCGCCUUUGCCGUUGAACUGGGUGUCAUGUUUACUGGGGCCAUUCCAGUCUUGAUUCAUAUAACAUCUGCCAGUGAGAUUCACAAGUACACCUCUAAACACUACAUAAAGGCAAUUUUCUGUGACACUACAGAUGUACAAGUAGUGGAUCAAUCAAUAACAGAAAUGAAUCCAAAACCAAUUUUGGUUGCCACAAUCGAUGUCAAUCAUUCCAUUAUGAAAACCUUACUUUCAUCCAGUGGUAAAUUCUCUGUUUAUGAAGUAACGGAUAUCAAAAAGAAGGUAGUUUUGGUGUUGUUCACCAGUGGAACCACGUCCACUCCUAAGGGAGUUCAGAUAACAGAUUUGGGUCUCCAGCGAAAUGCAAGUUCUGCAAAAGGUGCGACGGUCAGAGUUAAGUCACAUUUACUGACAAGUCCAUUCUCAUGGGUCAGCUGCACUAUGUCCUUGGUGUCCAGCCUGCUCAAAGGAUACUGUCUUGUCCUCAGUGAAGCAAAGGAUCCUGCCUCUCAGUUCAAAGCCAUUGAAAAAUAUAAAGUCAAUAGUUGGACUGUGCAAUCUAGUAUUUUGAAUCUUUAUGUUAAGGAACCUACACUUGCUUCAGUGGACCUCUCUUCACUCACAGUGGUUGUUGUUGCAGGAGCCGUUGCGAGAAAGAGGACGAUCAACGAGUUUGUAUCACAAGUUUUGAAGGGUAGGAUUGGAGUGUAUGUGUUGUACGCAAUGACAGAAACUGGAUUCAUUACAACAUGGAAUAAACACAAUCUACUAGAUCUGUCCAAAGCCGACUCUUCAGGCUACUUAGCCCCUGGGGUGGAAGUUAAGAUUACAGAUGAAGAAGGCCGUCUUGUAGAGCCAGGAAGCAUAGGAGAAGUAAGGGCCCGAACCCUCUCUACAACCCUGGGCUACUGGGGACAACCUGAACUGGAUGCCCAGUCUUUUGACUCUGACGGAUUCUUUAAGACUGGAGAUGUUGGAUAUUUUGACAGUGAAGGAUUCCUUUACAUUUAUGGAAGAGUGGGCGAGAUUAUAACCCUUGGAGAGUCCAAGGUUUCAAUAUCUGAGAUAGAAGACCUGUUGAAGACCCACUCUAAAGUGAUAGAUGCUGGAGUUGUAGCUAAACCCAAGUCUGACUCUUACAAACUGAUUGUCUUCAUUGUGGUCAAGUCAGGCUGUCAAGUCUCAGGAACAGAAAUAUCAGAGUAUCUCUCAGAACAAGCCGGAGAUGCUUUAGGUCUAGAGGUUCAUGAGGUUGAGACGAUUCCUAAAACUCCAAUCAUCAAAGUCAACCGAGAGAAGCUACUCAGCAUGGCUGAUAAACUCUACACAUAAUAUCAUCACUGAAUUAUCAAUAUUAUAAGUUUAUACAGGACUAGCUGUUUGCAUGCUCAUUGUUCAGGUAAACUUGUAUUUAUUAUUAAAAUUUAUU